GCGCGCCCGCACUUCCGGCCGGCGCGUUGGGUAAGGCUUCCGGGCUUCCGGGCGGAUCGCGCUGCGGCCCGCCGACGGGGCCAUGGAGAAGCUGCGGCGCGUCCUGAGUGGCCAGGACGACGAGGAGCAGGGCCUGACCGCACAGGUCCUGGAUGCUUCAUCCCUUAGUUUCAGCACUAGAUUGAAGUGGUUUGUCAUAUGCUUCGUGGCUGGCGUUUUCUUUUCUAUCCUUGGAACUGGAUUGCUAUGGCUUCCUGGUGGCAUAAAGCUUUUUGCAGUGUUUUAUACCCUUGGAAAUCUUGCAGCAUUAGCCAGUACGUGCUUUUUAAUGGGACCCGUGAAGCAGCUGAAGAAAAUGUUUGAAACAACAAGAUUGCUUGCAACAAUUGUUAUGCUUCUAUGCUUGGUGUUCACCCUGUGUGCUGCUUUUUGGUGGAAGAAGAAGGUACUGGCCUUAUUAUUCUGCAUAUUGCAGUUCUUGUCAAUGACCUGGUACAGUCUGUCAUACAUCCCAUAUGCAAGGGAUGCAGUACUUAAAUGCUGCUCUUCUAUCCUAAAUUAAAAAUCAGAGAUGUCUCCUGGGAAAGGACGUUGGAAUGUGAAGUAGUCUGUUGUGCAGUGGGCCAUUCCUGGUGCAGUGAUCACUCCAGCCACAUCACAGGCCCGUUGUGUGUCCUGGUAAAACCACUCUUAGUUAAACUGCCCCAUGCUCGUGGCUUUAAAUGCACUGUGUGUCAUUAACAUGAUCUUCCAAAGAUGAGGUGGUUUUAAUCAUUGUCAAUUGUAAAUACCCUUUAGCCAGUUUUUUUAAUCUUUUUCAAAGGAGCUUUUGAAAUGUGAAUAUUUAAGGGAUAAAUCUGUGCUGUGAGAUAUAUACAGCUUAUUUGGCUUUUAAAAAUAUCUACAUUUUUUAACUUUAAAAAUGUGAAGCUUUUUACUUUAUGCUUAAAAUUCCUUAUAAAAAUAAUAUAUCUUUAUAAUUUUGAAAUAAACCCAUUCUUGGAAAAAUAACA